AUGGUGCGAGUUAUCAUCAAAGGAGGUGUUUGGAAAAACACAGAGGAUGAAAUCCUCAAAGCUGCAAUAAUGAAGUAUGGUAAAAACCAAUGGAGUCGAAUUGCUUCCUUGUUACACAGAAAGUCUGCAAAGCAAUGCAAAGCUCGUUGGUUCGAGUGGCUCGAUCCUGGAAUCAAAAAAACAGAAUGGUCUCGUGAAGAAGAUGAGAAACUACUCCACCUUGCUAAACUGAUGCCUACUCAAUGGAGAACUAUUGCCCCGAUUGUUGGACGAACAUCAGCCCAGUGCCUCGAACGUUAUGAGCACUUGCUUGAUGAAGCCCAGCGAAAAGCUGAAGGUCUCGAUGAGGAAGCAACGGAAGCGAGAAAACUGAAACCAGGAGAAAUUGAUCCAACUCCUGAAACUAAACCAGCUCGUCCGGACCCAAUUGAUAUGGAUGAUGAUGGUUCGUAUUUUGUCUCAUUAAAAUGCCAAUUUGUUAUAUUUUCAGAACUUGAAAUGCUGUCUGAGGCUCGUGCUCGCUUGGCGAACACUCAAGGAAAAAAAGCAAAACGGAAGGCUCGUGAACGUCAACUUUCCGAUGCUCGCCGUUUGGCCUCUCUUCAGAAACGUCGAGAGAUGCGAGCUGCAGGCUUGGCUUUUGCUCGCAAAUUCAAACCGAAACGGAACCAAAUCGAUUACAGUGAAGAGGUUUUGCUUUGUAUCUUAAUUGACGUCUUUCAUACAGCUUUGUUCCAGAUUCCGUUCGAAAAACACGUUCCGGCCGGAUUUCACGAUCCAUCGGAGGACAAAUAUGUCGUGGAGGAUGCUAACCAGCGAGCUAUUGACGACCAUCAGAAACCACGCGGACGUGAAAUUGAAAUGGAGAUGAGACGCGAAGAUCGGGAGAAGUUGAAGAAGCGAAAGGAGCAAGGAGAAGCGGACGCAGUCUUCAAUAUCAAGGAAAAGAAACGAUCAAAGUUGGUGUUGCCAGAGCCUCAAAUUUCCGAUCGCGAGCUCGAACAAAUCGUUAAAAUCGGACACGCAUCAGACAGUGUACGUCAAUACAUCGAUGACACUGCUACAAGUGGACUUCUCACGGACUACACUGAAUCGGCAAGAGCAAAUGCUGUGGCUGCCCGAACUAUGCGAACACCAAUGCCUAAAGACACGAUUCAGAUGGAAAUUGAGAAUAUAAUUGCACUUCAAAACACAGAAUCAGUUCUCAAGGGAGGAAUAAACACUCCAUUGCACGAAUCAGAGCUAGGGAAAGGCGUUCUUCCAACACCGAAAAUUGUGGCGACUCCAAAUACUGUCCUUCAUGCAAUUGCAGCAACACCAGGAACUCAAUCCCAAAUAGGAGGUACUCCUGGAUUCGCUACUCCAGCCGGUAGUGUUGCUGCUACACCAUUCCGAGAUCAGAUGCGCAUUAAUGAGGAAAUCGGAGGUUCGGCUUUGGAGCAAAAAGCCAAUCUGAAACGAGCUUUGGCUAGUUUGCCUACUCCGAAAAACGAUUUCGAAAUUGUUGGACCAGACGAUGAUGAAGUUGAAGGAACCGUGGGAGAUGAUGAUAAUGAGAAAGACGAAGAGGGAUGGAUUGAGGAUGCCUCGGAGCGAGCUGAAAAGCAUGCAAAGAGAAAUGCUGCAAUUCGUAUUCGUAAUCUUAAAAUGAGAUCGCAAGUUGUUCAGAGGGAUCUACCAAAGCCGUCAAAGGUCAACGAGCUAGCUAUGCGUCCAACCAAUGCUUCAGGAGACCUUCCAAAAGCUGAUGAUUUGAUUAAGCUUGAAAUGAGCAGACUUCUCGCUUGGGAUGUGGACAACAAAGCCCCAGAGGUGAUUUACUCCCGUGAUGAUUUGGAUGCAGCCGCUGAACUCAUCAAACAAGAAGCCGCUGCUGGUCCCGAGAUGAACGCUAUGAUGUGGAAAGUGGUUGAACAAUGUACAUCCGAGAUGGUUCUCAGCAAGGAUAAGUUCACUCGUAUCGCUAUUUUGCCAAGAGAAGAACAAAUGAAAGCAUUGAACGACGAAUUCCAAAUGUACAGAGGAUGGAUGAAUCAACGAGCGAAGCGAGCUGCCAAAGUUGAGAAAAAGUUACGAGUGAAGUUGGGAGGAUAUCAGGCGAUCCAUGACAAGCUCUGCAAAAAGUUCCAGGAAGUUACUAACGAAAUCGAACUGUCGAAAAUCGAGAAGGCAACGUUUGAGCGUCUUGGCGAGCACGAACUGAAGGCUAUCAACAAACGUGUAGGACGACUUCAACAAGAAGUUCAAACCCAGGAAGUUCGAGAGAAGGAGCUUCAGAAAACAUACUCAAAACUUUCAAACAAGCAGUGGAAGUUGUCACAAAUCGAGAUUCAUGAUGCGGCUUCAACCACUUCUGCUCCGAUAAACUACUAA